AUGCACGCAAGGCAUCGUAAUGGUCCAGGGAAAGGGUACAGGUCUAAUGCAACGGUAAUGGGCAGUGUGGCCAUUGGCUCCCAUAGUUUGCCUGAAGGAACAAUAAGAGGUUCUCGGAUGUAUAAUUCAGAGUAUAGGAACUACAGUCGUGGUUUCCAAGGACGUGUUGGCCACUCAAAGCAGUUCCAGCUACCACUAGAGACUGACAUUUUCAUGGAAGCCGGCAAGCUAGCUGCUGAGUAUUUGGUUUCUAAUGGAGUGCUGCCGUUAAAUGUACUCUCAGGGAAGUGGCAAAAUGGUGGCUUGAAGAAACAGAUGGGUGAUUUUAGACCACAUGAAGUCGACCCAAUUCACACAGAUGUUCGUGCAUCUGCUCAUUCUCGUUUGGGGGAUGCUUCCGGGGAUGUAGGACCUGGUACAAGAAGACAUUGUGAUGAAUAUAAUUCAAUGGGGUCGAGAAGUUUUGGAAGAGGAAGUACAAGAGCUGUGUCCUACCCUAACGUUGGAAGAAGUCAGUCAUGGUCUGGUAGGAAUAGGGAUUCCCCCUGUUUGGAGGCUGAAGGGGCUUCUUCUGGACAUCGUGAUGGGCAGCCUGUAGAUAAAGAAGGAGGUGGUGGAGGGAAGACUUCAUCUCCUGGUGAAUUAACUCAAGAAAGUAACGAUAUGGCUGAUUUUGAGUCCGGUGAUGCUUGUGCAAAAACAAGGUGUUCUGGCAAUGAGAAGGAUCUCCAAUCAAAUGCUGACGAGGAAGUCAUCAAAGGCUCCAAUGAGGAGAGCGUAUCAGGAACUGAGGAGGUUAAAAAGGGAAGCAAUGAUAUUGAUUUGGGGCGAAAAGAGGGCGAGAGCACGGAGAUCACAGCUUCUUCACAGGAGGAUUUAAAGAGCAAAGACGAUAUUGACUCAGUGAUGCACUGCGAAUUUGAAAAUGUUUCCACUAAAACUUCUUCUUCAUCAUCAAUUAGAGGUACACCGCUUGAUCUGGAUCCUAUCACUGAAGAUGAGAACAAACUUUCUGACGGCUCUGAAGUGCGUGCCACAGAUAUCCUCAUUGAUAGUUCUGCUGGUAUUGCUUCGUCUGGUCAAAGUCAUGAAUUAAAAAGCCUCAACUCUGACGUUCUGAAAGCUCCAACUGUGGAGGAAAAUGUGGGUGUUAAAUGCAUUUCGAGGACAGGACCACGCUCAGAGUCUAGAUCUUUUCUUGACAGAUUUGUAUUAAACGAUCAAGAAGUGGAUAAGGAGUUGCAGGAAUUUCGAAGGUCCAGCUCCAUGUAUAUGGAAAGGGGCAAAAAACGAGCCUUAGUUGUUAGCAUUGAUGAUCAGGAGGGAACUAAAAAACUUAGAGAAUGGGUUCCCUUGAGAACUCAAUCUGAAGGCUGCUUGCCCCGUGCUAACUCAAUGGAAACUCAGCAUAAUUCACACAAGCCAGGAACUUCAUGCAGUGACCAUGUAAUUUUAUCGCCUGAUCAGAAGAAUAUGUGCAUUUCACUAUUUCCAAAAGGUCAUGCUGAAUCAUGUCAGUACAUAGAAGAGAAGCAGCUAUUUCCGGGCUCUUUUAAGACUUUCGACCUUAAUCUUAUUGAGACUUGUGAUGUGAAUGAGAAUAUCACUGAAAGUGUAAAACUAGAAGCACCUAUUGACGUUGAUUUGUCCAUGAGUAAUUGCUAUAGUCACGUGUCUAAUAAAAAUGGUAAGCAUGGAGUUGAUGAUAAAGACAUUGAGGUGAUUGAUUUGGAAAUUGAUUCUGUUCAUGAAGACAAGACCUUCACUCCAGAGAGAAGAGCUGAUACUGUAUUUACUGGCCCAGAUAGCUUUCCUAAUAAUGUACAUGAUGCUAAUGAGAUUUCCGACAUCCGAGAUGGUUAUGGAUUUGUGAUGUCAGAAUUGCUUGGAAACGAUAGACUUGAAUGUUCUUCUGUAUCCAGAGAGUUGAAUUCUCAGCACAAUGACUUGGGCCUUCAUAAUGGAGAGGGGACGCUUGUUGAUGAUGACCCGAUAUAUAUGUCUCUUGGAGAAAUACCAUUCAGCUUUCUGAAGGGCUGGGAGCGGCCAACACAGGACCAUGGAAAACCAUUUUAA